AUGUUAUUUGAAUCGAAACAGCCGAUUCUUCUCUUAUCUAUGGAGACCGAGAGUUCAGAUCGGCCACGUACGCGGGCAAAGAAAGCAUGCCUGUCAUGCAACUCGCGUCGCGUGCGGUGCAACGUGUUAGAAAUGCAGCCCUGCCAAAAUUGCGUGUCAUGGAAUCUCACUUGUGAAGUAGGGGUUUCACGUCGUGGAAAGUAA